AUGAUGAAGGAGGAAGUAUCAGGAAGUGAUACCAAUAGUUGGGCACGUGUUUGUGACACGUGCCGUGCAGCACCGUGCACAGUGUACUGCAGAGCAGAUUCAGCUUUCUUGUGCACCAGCUGCGAUGCACGAAUCCAUGCCGCCAAUCAGGUGGCGUCGAGGCACGAAAGAGUUUGGGUGUGUGAAGCAUGUGAGCGUGCCCCAGCAGCUUUCCUGUGUAAGGCUGAUGCAGCAUCUCUAUGUGCUACCUGUGAUGCUGAAAUCCACUCAGCUAACCCAUUGGCUCGCCGCCAUCAACGGGUCCCAAUUAUGCCCGUUGCAGGCUGCGUUUACGGUCCCCAAGGCGGGAGGAUGUCUGAGGACAGGUUCCUGACCCUGCCAGAGGGAGAUGAUCACACCACUGAUCAUGAAGGGGAUGAAGAUGAAGCUGCUUCAUGGUUGCUACUUAACCCAGUUAAGAGCAGCAACAACCAAAAUACAAAUGGGUUUUUGACUGGAGGAGGAGAGGUUGAUGAGUACCUGGACCUCUUAGAGUACAAUUCAGGUGCAGAUAAUCAGUUGUGUGAGCAGUAUAACCAGCAGCAGGAAUUCAAGGUUCCUGAGAAGAAUUGUGGAGGUGACAGUGUUGUACCAGUUCAGUGUAGGGAAGCAAAAGAUCACCAAAUACAAUAUCAAAACUUCUUGUUUGGGAUGGAGUGUGAAACAAAAUCUGGUUACACUUACAACACAUCAAUUAGUCAGAGUGUUUCAGUUUCCUCCAUGGAUGUGGGUGUUGUACCAGAAUCCGCCAUGAGUGAUAUCUCUAUGUCACAUCCAAGGCCACCCAAAGGUACAAUCGACCUAUUUUCUAGCCCUCCAAUGCAAGUGCCAACUCAACUAUCACCAUUAGAUAGAGAGGCUAGGGUCAUGAGAUACAGAGAAAAGAAGAAGAACAGAAAAUUUGAGAAGACAAUCCGUUAUGCUUCAAGAAAGGCCUAUGCAGAGACAAGACCUCGGAUCAAAGGCCGUUUUGCAAAGAGAACAGAUGUGGAAGCAGAGAUGGACCAGAUGUUUACCAACUCAUUAAUGGCAGACAGUGGUUAUGGCAUUGUCCCAUCCUAUUAAAUCUAGGUGAUGUUAAUAAUGAAGUUGGUUGUGCUGCCAUUAUAACUUCAUAUUUUUUCUCAGUGUUGACCUAUAUGUUUCUUAGUUACUGAUGAAUUUCUAUCUUGAAAUUCUAAUGUCUUUUUUUGUGUAAAUUGUACAAAAACAAGUAUAUAUAACAUGCUUUCUUAAUCAAA